AUGAGCGCGGUGCUGCGGGGAGCCCUGCGGCGGCUGCGGCCCCCGCGCCGGCCCGGGCCCCUCGGCGCCCAGGGGCGUAAAGAAGCCUCAUCUCCUUCCUUAGGGAAAGACAGGGCAGACACAGUGAUCAUCGGAGGUGGUUGUGUUGGUGUGAGUCUAGCCUAUCACUUGGCUAAAGCUGGCUUGAAAGAUGUUGUUCUGCUAGAAAAAUCUGAGCUCACUGCAGGAUCUACCUGGCAUGCAGCUGGUUUAACGACUUAUUUUCAUCCUGGAAUAAACCUGAAGAAAAUCCAUGCUUACAGCAUCAAACUCUAUGAAAAGCUGGAAGAAGAGACAGGACAGCCCGUGGGGUUUCAUCAGCCUGGCAGUAUCAGAAUUGCUUCAACCCCUACUAGGGUGGAUGAAUUCAAAUACCAAAUGACUCGUGCUGGUUGGCACCCAACAGAACAAUAUUUAAUCACACCUGAAAAAGUGCAAGAGCUAUUUCCCUUAUUGAACAUGGAUAAGGUUUUAGCUGGCCUGUAUAACCCUGGAGAUGGUCAUAUUGAUCCUUAUUCUCUAACUAUGGCCUUGGCUGCAGGAGCCAGAAAAUACGGUGCUCAACUAAAUUAUCCUGUGCAAGUGACUAAUCUGAACUCCCGAUCAGAUGGCACAUGGGAAGUUGAAACUCCACUUGGAAUAAUCCAAGCAAAGAGAAUUGUGAAUACUGCAGGCUUCUGGGCCCGUGAUGUAGGCAAGAUGAUUGGCCUGCAGCACCCUCUAAUACCUGUUCAUCAUCAGUAUGUUGUAACAUCAACUAUACCUGAAGUGAAAGCCCUAAAAACAGAAUUGCCUGUGAUCCGUGACUUAGAAGGAUCAUACUAUCUAAGGCAAGAAAGGGAUGGUCUUUUGUUUGGUCCGUAUGAAAGUGAGGAGAAAAUGAAGCUCCAGGAGUCAUGGGUAACAAAUGGAGUCCCACCAGGAUUUGGAAAAGAACUUUUUGAGUCUGAUUUAGACAGAAUAAUGGAGCAUAUCGAGGCUGCUAUGGAAAUGGUCCCUGUUUUGAGAAAAGCAGACAUCGUAAACACAAUUUCAGGUCCUAUCACCUAUUCUCCAGACAUUCUUCCUAUGGUGGGACCACAUCAGGGUGUCAGAAAUUACUGGGUAGCUAUUGGUUUCGGGUAUGGCAUUAUACAUGCUGGUGGCAUGGGAAAGUACCUCAGUGACUGGAUCCUUGAGGGGGAACCUCCAUUUGACCUGAUAGAAGUAGAUCCAAACCGCUAUGGAAAGUGGACCACCACAGAAUACACAGCAGCCAAAGCAAGAGAAUCUUAUGGCUUUAAUAACAUUGUUGGUUACCCUAAAGAAGAAAGAUUUGCUGGGAGACCAACAAAGAGAACUAGUGGGCUGUAUGAUUUGCUAAAGUCAAAAUGUUCAAUGGGAUUCCAUGCAGGAUGGGAGCAACCCCAUUGGUUCUACAAACCUGGAGAUGAGACUGGAUACAAACCCAGUUUUCGGCGCACAAAUUGGUUUGACCCUGUGGGUCGUGAGUAUAAACAGGUUAUGGAAAAAGUUGGUGUGAUUGACCUGUCACCAUUUGGCAAGUUUAAAGUAAAAGGCACAGAUUCUGUUAAACUGCUUGAUCAUCUAUUUGCAAAUGUUGUUCCGAAGGUGGGUUCCACAAAUAUAAGCCAUAUGUUAACACCAAGAGGAAAAGUUUAUGCUGAGCUAACUGUCUCUCAACUGGAUCAUGAAGAAUUCAUGCUUGUAACUGGGUCAGGGUCAGAACUCCAUGAUCUGAGAUGGAUAGAAGACAAAAUAACAAGAGGUGGAUACAAGGUUGAAAUAGAAAACAUGACAGAUGAGAUGGGAGUACUUAGUGUAGCAGGUCCAUAUGCACGACAAGUCCUCCAGAAGUUGACAAAUGAAGACCUAAGUGAUGCUUCAUUUAAAUUUCUCCAGUGUAGACAUCUGAAACUUUCCAAUAUUGCUGUUACUGCCAUUAGGAUAUCUUACACAGGUGAAUUGGGCUGGGAGCUCUACCAUAGAAAAGAAGAUUCUGUACGUCUUUACAGUGCAAUCAUGGAAGCUGGGCAAAAAGAGGGAAUUGAUGACUUUGGAACAUAUGCUCUAAAUGCUUUGAGGCUGGAAAAGGGUUUCCGAGCCUGGGGAGCAGAGAUGAACUGUGACACUAAUCCCUUAGAAGCUGGACUGGAGUAUUUUGUAAAGCUAAACAAGGCAGCAGACUUUACAGGAAAACAAGCACUGAAGCAGAUUAAAGAAAAGGGGCUCAAACGACGACUGGUAUAUCUCACCCUGGAAACCGAUAAUGUUGAUCCAGAGGGAAAUGAAAGCGUGUGGCACAAUGGCAAGGUAAUUGGCAAUACCACAUCUGGAUGUUUCAGCUAUGGAGCUCAGCAGAGUCUAGCUUUCGCAUAUGUUCCCAUGGAACUCAGCAAAGUUGGACAGAGAUUGGAAGUUGAACUUCUAGGUAAAAAUUAUCCAGCAACCAUUAUACAGGAGCCACUGGUGCUGACUGAACCAACAAGAAUGCGCCUUCAGAAAAAGGGUGAAAGUCCCAAAAUAUAA